GUCGAUUCUCAUUCAUUCCGUUGUUUUCAUUGGUGAAAUUUACACGUGCGGUAAAGCAUUUUUUCAACAAAUUGACUACAGUUCAAGCAAAAAGGAGGAUUUGUCAAAAUGACUGAAGUCGAAGCUAAAGCCGUGUCCACUGAGGAAACAACGAAGGAGGAAACAGCAGAAGAAACUGCAAGCACGACAGUGGAAACGCCGGAAAAUGCCUCCAAGUUAGAAGGCUCGAUCAUCCGCCAAGUGGAGUAUUAUUUCGGAGAUGCCAAUCUUGCCCGUGAUAAAUUUCUACAGGAACAAAUCACAAAGGAUGACGGUUGGGUACCGCUUGACGUGUUGCUCACUUUCAAACGACUAAAGGCACUGAGCGAUGAUAAGAAAGUGAUUGUUGAUGCUGUUGAGAAAUCCGAUGAAGGAUUGGUCGAAAUAAGUGAGGAUCGUGUGAAGCUACGUCGUCAUCCGGAGCGACCCCUUCCAGAACAAAACGAAGAGACGCGAAAGGAAAUAUACGCGCGUACAGUGUACGUUAAAGGAUUCGCACCUCAGGAUGGAACUGAGAUGAGCGAGUUGCUUGCAUUUUUUGAACCUUACGACAAGGUUACCAACAUUGUUAUGCGAAAAUAUCACGACAAAGCCACGAAAAAGUAUUUGUUCAAGGGUAGCGUAUUCGUUACCUUUGCCACCAAGGAGCAGUGCGCGGAGUUUUUGAAGAAGGACAAACUGGAGUACAAAGGCAAGGAGUUGGUCCGUAAGAUGCAAGACGAUUAUUUUGAAGAGAAAAAGGCCGAACGUAAGAAGAAGGAUAAGAAGAAGGAGGAAGACAAGUUGGACACUUCUCAUUUACCCAAAGGAGCGUGUGUUCAUUUGGAUGGCUUCGGGAAGGAAACUAGCCGGGAAACGAUCAAGGAAACGAUUCUUAAGCUUGAUGAAUCUCUAGAGGUAGCAUUCAUCGAUUACCAGAAAACCGACAGCAAUGGAAUUGUCCGUUUCUCUAAUAACGAUGCCGGGAAGAAGUUUAUGGAGAAGUUAACCGACGACAAGAUCAAAAUUAACGAAGAAGAAAUUGCCGCUCGUCUGUUGGAAGGCGAUGAAGAGAAGGAGUUCUUGCGAAAGGUUGUGAAGGACCAGCAGGCACGACGACAGGCCAGCAACGCCCGCAACAAGGGACGCCAUCAGAAGAGUGGUAAACAUCAUCACCAUCACCGGAAUGGCGGUGAUAGUGGUAAGAAGCGAAAGGCCGAAGAGGAAAGCCGCGAACAACCUGCCAAGAAGACGGCACAGUAAGCCUGAAAUUCUGUUCCUCUAUCUUAGACUGGCAAGUUCUAUUUAACCGAUGGUUCAUUUGAGCUAACAGUACCGAACAUUCGAUGAUUUCGAAAGCAUUAAAGUAAUUAUCGAAUGGGACACUGUUCUGUCAAAGGAAACGAAGGGUAAUGAUAAUUUCUUUUUAAGCAAUUUAAUCUUGACGUUUGUUGGAUUUUAUGUCUAAAAUUCAAUUAUCGCAUAACAAUUUCCAAACUUAAUGCGAUAUUUAAAAAUAUGUCCUAUAGUAACAUUGAACUAGCAGUAGGUACCAUUGCAAAACUUGCAUUAAAUCCGGGGAAAAUAUUAUUUUGAAGUGAAGUGUCAGAAAGUAAAUUCUUGA